AUGGCUACCUCAGCGAGCUCCUUUGGAGCUGCAACUGCAGUGUCGCUGCACAAGGCGGGCAAGGCCCUAGAGGCUUACCUGUCGGGCUCCCUGGACUGCCAGCAGCUACUGGGGUGUUUUUACGCAUCAGCUCCUGGGAGGCGCGCAUUUAUUGAGCAAGCUGUAGCAUCGCAAACGGCAGCCCGACCGAAGCCUCUCCAUGCACAACUUGCCGCCUUCGCCGGGUUGCUGUCGAGAGCUCUGGAGGCUUUCGCCGAAGCUGAAACGGCGGAUGAGGGCCCCCAAGAAGGGCGGCUACCAACACAACCCCUCGAAGAAGUAGUGUUCGCAGGCAUUUGUGCAACAGAAUUCUGGCUGCAGCACGUGCAGCAGCUGAUGGCACUCGAGACUGCAGCAGCAGCAGUAUCCGUCGCAGAUGGAGACGGUCCCUCAGAGACAGGCGUGGUGUAUAAGGAGCUCGAGCGCCUAGUAGGCCCGAUCGCUGCUGCAGCUGCAGCACCAAAGCUGGGUCGUUCGUUGCUCUGUCGCUUAACAUGGAUCUGGCGGCCUUCGCCUAGGCAUGGGGAUCAAGCGCAGCAGGAGCACCAGCAAAGGCAACUGCACUCUAUGAGUGGCGGCUGUCUCUUUUCUGAAGUCCUUAACAGCGGGGGCCAGACCUUCCCUCUUCAGGGCGCAGUUUCUUCUUCGCUCUCUCAGCUUGAGGCAGAUGGUGGUCGCUUCGUGCUGCUUAAUACGCAAAGUCUGGGAGAAACGCUUCUGGCUGCUGCUACCAGCUGCUGCGAGGUUUUUGCUGCCAGUGUCUCUGCCGCAGCAGCGACUUUGGCGAACAGUGCCACAAAGCACCCUUCGGCAUCCGAUACGCAGCUACAGCGGAGAAGCGAGGCAUCACAACAGAAGGAGCCGCCGCCUACGCAGCAGAGGCCUACGAGGAGGGGUGGUAAGGGAAGUCAAAAGAAGUGGAAGAAGCAAAUGCAGCAGUUGCAACAACAGAAGCAGCAGCAGCAUGAGCCAGGUCUUCCGCCUCCUGUAGUCCUUGAGAGCAGCAGCAGCUCUGAGGGGGAGAGCAGUGGCGCAGGGAGUGCUGCCGACAGUGAUAGCAGCACCGUCAGCGGCAAAAAGAAAUGCGGGAAGCGCGGCAAAACCAAUCAUGGUAGCAGAGCAGCAGUAGCGGCAGCAGCAGCAAGCCUCAUGGCGAGUCAGUUGGAUGAGCUGUCUGAAGCUGAGCUGUCAGCAACGAACGCUGCAGCUCUAGAAGCUGCAGUGCAAGCAGCGGGAGCCCUUGCGGAGGUUGGAGGUUCUGGGGGUGUCCUACCUUGCUUGCAAGUUUUCUGCUCCUUCCUAGAGACGCUUCUUAGUACCUGUCGGCUACUGGAAGAGCUCCUAUAUGUGCAGGACGUCGCACUCGUAGGGUCCUCUGCUUUGCAGCUAGAGGCGUUUAUCGAGGCCCUUGUCCUGGGAAUCCUUGCAACGAAUCUGUCGUGGAAUCCUUCGAGAGGCGACCAACCUCUCUUUGCCCAUGUUAUCCUCUCUGACCCCUUCUCUCUCGUUGCAGCCCUGCGUCUUCUAACUGCCUCCAUUAGCGUGUGUCUCCCCCCAUUGGCGACACUGCGCGCUGCAAGCUCCUUGCAUGAGCAGUUGCUGCAGCUUUGCAGCAGCGGCCAGGGUCCUCUGCCUGGGGGAUUCCGUCUUUCAAGCUGCUGGAGCCUGUUUGAAGUUCCUGGGGACGCCCACUUCAGCAGCAGCUGGUCCAUGUUGCAGCAGGCAGCUGGGCAUGGACCUGUAACCGCUACGGGGGCCCUGGAAGUAGCAUUGACGGAUCUGGGCCUUGCCAUCAGAAACGCCGCAUGCACACGAAGUACUGAAGGCGCAGCGGCUGCGGGUGAGGCAGCCAUAGAGGCAGCUGACGGUUGCGCAUCUCGGUUCAUCCUUAGGCCUGAGCAGCUGCAGGUCUACCAGGACACACCAGCGGGUGGCCCGAAGCCAGCAGCAGCUCUUUACAACACGUGCUUUUCCAACAGUUUGAACUUAAGCGCCCCUAAAGUCUUGGGCGAGCCUUCUCGCCAAGGAGCUGGCAGUUGUCCACAGGGGUCCCUUUGGACUUCAAAACGUAGCUCAGCCUCCGUCGGGGGACUUCGAGAUAUUGCAGGUGCCCACGCAGCCUCAGAAGCUCCCGGACCCUCACUCGUAACUAAGGGGCAUGGAGACAGUGUCAGCGAAAAGUGUGACACUCCGGAUGUCGGUAAUGGGACGUACAGCAGAGCUGCAGCUAAUGCAUCUUUGUCUGCUGUUGGGGCUGAACCACGGCGGUCCACGGAGGACCUCACGGAGCGAAGUGCCUCGUUUCCUCCUCAGCAGCAACACCAAAACACACCUGGCCUCUUGUUGGGAGGAAGUUUAGUUUGCGGUGAAGUAGAAAUAGAAGAAAGUGGGAAGAAGCUGUGCAAAAGGCAGAGGCGAGAGCAGGGGCAUGUAUCCCUCAGUCGUAGUCCGUCUCCUUACCCAGUAGUCAUUCAACGGGGAGAUGCGAGAUCCGAUGACGAAGUGGUCAUUCUAGAAGACACUACUUCGCAUUCUGCGCCCAAAGAUAAAAGGAAUAGAUUUUCUGAAGGACGCGCUGCUGGAGAAGAUCCCGCUAUCCGGCAGCAACAACUGCCGCAAGCAACGCAGCAGCAACCGCCAGAUGUCUCCGUUUCCGCAGAGGCUCAGGCGAGAGCUAGACUUAACAAGCUAGUGCAGUCGGAUUCGGACUUGUCUGACUGA